AUGAAAAUUUCACUGGAGCACGAAAUUUUGCUCCAUCCUAGGUAUUUUGGACCUCAGUUAUUAGAAACCGUUAAACAGAAAUUAUACGCUGAAGUUGAAGGAACCUGUACGGGAAAAUAUGGAUUUGUUAUUGCGGUUACUUUGAUUGACAAUAUAGGUGCAGGUUUAAUUUUACCGGGACAGGGUUUUGUUGUUUAUCCAGUAAAAUACAGAGCUAUUGUUUUUAGACCUUUCAAAGGUGAAGUCUUAGAUGCAGUAGUUACACAAGUAAAUAAAGUAGGAAUGUUUGCCGAAAUAGGACCUCUUUCAUGUUUUAUUUCUCACCAUUCUAUUCCAGCAGAUAUGCAGUUUUGCCCAAAUUUCAAUCCACCCUGUUACAAAUCAAAAGAUGAAGAUGUUGUCAUUCAGGCUGAUGAUGAAAUUAGACUAAAGAUUGUAGGGACUAGAGUUGAUGCUUCUGGUAUUUUUGCCAUUGGAACUUUAAUGGAUGAUUAUCUCGGCUUGGUCGGUCUUACGUCAGUUGUAGCCAAAAUGGCGACUGAUCGUUCUUUAGCGGACAGGGGAAUCGUUGAAAUUAAAAUGGGAAGAUCAAAAUUUCCUGGUAAACCUACAAAAAUAGGAAAUAGAAAAAGAGUGAAUUUAUCUAGUUGUUCUCUUCCUGAGGAUAAUGAUUCAAGCACUGCUGCUAAAAACAUAUAUUUAGGGCUGUCUAUGUUUAACGAAACAUUUGGCGACAACGAAACGAUUACGCCAGGUCCUUUUUACGGGUUUUCAUCGAAUGAAAUUGAUGAAGCCAUGGCAGAAGCAAGAUUACAACAAAAGGAAGCAGAAGUAGCACACAAAAAACAGGGAAUUGACAUAAAUUUUUGGGAUAGUUUUCAAAGUGAAUUAUUCUCAGUUUCAAGUUUUACUAAACAUAAACUUUUACCUGACAAUAACUGUGAAAAAGAAAGCAAAACUAUUGUUUCUUUUGAUGGUGGUGGUCUUCCAUUUGAUUUCCCAUUUUCACAUGACAAUAGUGAUAAUGAGCCUUCCAGAACUCUUAAUGUAAACGUUGUAGAAAAUAAUAAGGUACACAAAAUAAAUAAAAAAGUAAGGAUUUCUAGCAAACUAGAAAAAACAUCGAGUAAAAUUAAGAAACUAAGAGCACCUAGGUUUAAAUUCAAUAAAAAUAAAUUACAAUGCAGCCCUAUUGCUAAUCGUAGUUUGCAAAGCCAAGCAGCUAAAAAAUUGUUAAACAAAGCCAAAAUGACUAAUCUUUUGGAAAUCAAUAAGAAUCUUCCUGCAGACAAAAAAUUUAUACUUCCCAGUAGAAGUACUCAUUCGUCAAGAGUAAUAAAACCAAAUAAAAGAUUUUUUGAAGAUAAUAUCAUCAAAAAGAAAUACUUAAAUUCUCAAUCAUGCUUAAAUGCAACUGUUAAUAAUAAACAAAACCUCUUGGAAGAAUCUAGGAAAAAAUUUGAAACUAGAAAACUUCACUGGGAAAAUAAAUCAUCAGAAAAUUUAAACUUAUCAGAAUCUUCAAAUUCUAGUUCUAGUAAAUUUAUAUUAAGGGAAGCAAGGUUGCAGUUAGACAAGGAUAAAACUCAAACUAGUGUAUUAGAAGGUCCAUUUUCAUCACCAAAUUUAUCCAGCCUAUGUUCAAAUACCCAGUUAAAAAUUAACUUAAUGCAAUCAACUCCUGGUAAUAAGGAAUGUGCUGUAUGUGGGAUUGUUAUAUUUUGUAAAUUUGUUGAAAAACCUAAGGAAUUUGGAAUAUUUUGUUGUGAGAACUGUCAAAAAUUUAUAUGGAAAAUAAUUAAAUCGUUGGAAAGCAAGAAAGAUUUUAAAUUACAGUGUUUAAAAGGGAACGGUCUGUGUGAAAUAGUUAAUAUUAUGAAAGCUCAACAUUUUAAUGUUAUUGAAUCGUCAUACAGUACAAAGUGCCAGGCGUGUUGGUUGAAAUUGUGUUUAAAAAAUUUUAAAAUGCCAAAUAAAUUAAAACAAAAUUUAUUAAAAGUGUUACCAGUAAAUAUGCAAAUUAAUCUCAGUUUGGAUUAUGGCCCUACCUCAAGUGAUACAUCAUCUAGCAAAUUCAGAUUUAGUGCUAAAAAUAUGAAACAUUUUAAGUGGUUUAAUGAAAAUAAUAGUCAAGAAAUAAGAGCUGUUAACAAAAACAAUAUUAUAGAUCUUCCUUGGUCAAAUAUUUCCGAGUCGAAUAUUUUAAAUAAAAAAGUUUUAAGAAAAAGAACGAAAAAUGGUGAAAAUACUGUUCAGUCGAAUAUUUUUUUGGGACAAAAUGAAAAAAUUAAAAGUGUAAAUGAUAAAAAUAGGCAAUCGAUUGUUUUAAAAGGGCCAAGAGUGAAACAUGUAUGUCGAAGUGCUUCUGUAGCUUUGGGUCAGCCAUUAGCUACUUUUCCCACAGACUUAGGUUCGAAAAAGAAAAAAACAAAUGAAAGUUCAGAAGAUUGUAACAAAUGCACCACCAGUCCAUCACCAGAGAGCAAUGGAGUCGAAUGUCAGGAAGUUGAAUUUUUUAGUGAAAAUGUAGUCGAUUCAAAAGAAGAAGGAAAAGAAAAAAAAUUAAAUACUUUUAAAGAAACAACAUGUAAUUUAAAGGAGGUUCAAGUUAGUCGGUUAAAUAACGGAGUGAAGUCAAAAAAGAAGACAAAUAUUAAAAUUGAAAAUCCCGUUUCUAUGGAUUUUUGGGAAAGUUAUGAUCCCGAUGAAAUUUGUGAAACUGGAUUUUGUUUGAUUGGGUCUGAAGACUUUAGUGUACGCGCGUUAUGUUUUCUUUGUGGUAGCUCAGGACAGGAAAAGUUGAUUCAUUGUGCUUCAUGUUGUGAACCAUAUCAUGAAUUCUGUAUUGAUGAAGCUCAACUUAAACUUCAAAAUAAUACAUGGAAAUUCGAUUGGGUUUGCCCGCGUUGCACGGUAUGUUUCACUUGUGGAAAAACUUCCGGCCAACAACUAAAAUGUGUAAAAUGUGAUAACUCGUACCACAUAGAAUGUGUAGAUAGAGUUGGAGGAAGGUUACUGCAUUCACCCGAUCGUCCAUGGGUGUGUUCUAUUUGCCUGCGAUGUAAAAGUUGUAAUGGAGUUGAUGUAUCAGUAUUUGUAGGAAAUCUUCCUUUGUGUAGAGCUUGCUUCGUCUUGCGACAAAAAGGAAAUUUUUGUCCACUUUGCCAAAGGUGUUACAACGACGAUGAUUAUGAUAGCAAAAUGAUGGAGUGUGGACAAUGCAAGUGUUGGGUUCACGCCAAAUGUGAGGGUCUAUCAGAUGAAAAAUAUCAAGUGUUAAGUUUUUUACCAGAAUCAGUAGAAUAUGUUUGUCGCAUGUGUUGUGUAAUGCCUCCGGCACCUUGGUGGAUAGCCGUGGAAGCAGAAUUAAAAAGUGGCUAUUUAGGAGUGUUAAAAGCAUUAAGUAAAAAUCGCAAAGCGUGUACGAUGCUAAAAUGGAGCCCUCGAAAACAGUGCACAUGUCGACCUGUAGAAUAUACUUCCAGAGCCUUUGAUUUAGAUGUCCUAAAUAGAACUUCAAAAAUGUUAGAUGUUGAGUUGGAGGAAAUAUCUAAUUCUGAAAAAGAAAUAAAUGAAAAGAAAAAAAUUCACGAAGAGAAAGAAAUGAUUGAAAAAUACCAACCAGCUAUUUUAUCGGAAAGAAAAACUAGUAUAGAAGUUAUAAAUCAUCCGACGGAAUCUUUAAAGUUAACGUUGAAAAUUAUGAAAAAUUGUGAUACAGAAACUGAAAACAUCACAGAAUCGACGACGAAAGAUAAAUCAGUUAAAGACAUUUUUGACGAUGAGAAAUUACAAGAAAAUUCAGAAAGAGUAAAAAACUUAAUUGCUAAUCAAAAAUUUUCCGAUAAUUCUCAGUCGGUUAAUAGGAAAAUUUCUCCUUUCGAGUACAAUAAAGUUAAUUCUUCAAAUUCGGGGAACACUCUUGAUUCUGAUGCUGGCAACAGUGCAAAGGAUAGAUCAUCAAUUUAUGAUCAAAAUUGUUUUCAGCUGUCUUCGUUAGAAACAAAUAAAGCAAACGGUGAUAUUUCAGUUAAUCUUUUAGAAGGAACACGAGAAUGCGUUUGUUUUUUAGACGUGGAAAGUUAUAAUAGUCGAAGUAAACCUUUUUCUCCGAAUUUAAUGUCAAUCAAGAAAAAAGUUACGACUUCUGAGUACUCGUCACUUCAUCAAUUUCAUCAGGAUAUGGAGAGAAUGAUUGCCACCUCUCACUCAACUGAACUCAUGGAUCUGUAUCAUCAAACAAUCAGAGAAAUUUUUCCUUGGUUCGAUCCCAAAUUUUCUAAAGUUCAAAAUAGUUCUCAAAAAGUGUCUAGCAUAAAAUCUGCUGAAUCUACUCCUGUUAAAAGCACUCCGAAAAAAAUUAUUCCCGAGGAAGAAUGUAAAAUUCCCAAAUAUAAGUUAUACGAUCAACCAUUGGAUUACUUUUAUAGUGACUACACCGUACAAGAUACAAGGAUUUGCGUGAUGUGUAAGGUUGUAGGCGAUGGACUUCCCGGACAUACUGGAAGACUAUUGUAUUGUGGUCAAAAUGAAUGGGUUCAUUGUAAUUGUGCUUUAUGGUCCGGAGAAGUUUUUGAAGAAAUUGAUGGAUCUCUUCAAAAUGUUCACAGUGCUAUCAGCAGAAGCCGGUCUAUAAAAUGUCCAGAAUGCAAUUUAAAGGGUGCCAGUAUAGGUUGUUGUGCACGGAGCUGUCAAGAGACAUAUCACUUUAGUUGUGCGAAAAAACUGGGUUGUGCUUUUAUGGAUGACAAAACAAUGUAUUGUCUUGCACAUUUAAAGGAUGUAAAUAAUAAAUUAGUGCAAAACGAAAAAGAAUUUGAAAUUCGUAGACCGGUUUACGUCGAAUUAGACAAAAGAAAAAUGAAAACUGCUGAUAGCUGCCAAAUACGCUUUGUUGUUGGUUCACUUCACGUUAAUAACUUGGGAAAAUUUGCUGGUAAAUUAUCAGAUGAAACGAAAUCCAUUAUUCCGGAUCAAUUUAGUUGUACCCGAUUAUUUUGGUCUUGCUUCGAGCCUUGGCGAAUCGUUCGAUAUCAUUUUAGCGUCCGCCUCGUGGAAGCAGAAAAUACUCAAGGUGUGGACACGGGAAUUAACUUAACGGUAGAUCAUUCGAAAGACCCGGAACUUGUCGAAUUAAAAUUAAAACAAUUAAAAUAUUUUCAAGAAAAUAAUUCAUUUUUAGAAAUCAAUGAGAAAUUGGUGGAAAAUCAACUUGGUGAAAAACGUAAAUUAGUUGAACUCAAAGCCAAGUGUGAUAAAAUAAAAAUUUCGGAUUCUAAUUCGCCUAAAAAAGAUAAAAAGAAUCAAAAAGUAGUUCGUAAAAUAUUAGACCAAUAUGAUUUCAAAGAUGAUGAAAACUGUUUGUCGGACAAUCAAAAUACGGCAGAUUUAUUACCGCCGGAUGUUGAAGAAGCCAUUUUUAAAGAUCUUCCUCAUGAUAUCCUGGAUGGCAUUUCAAUGCAGGACAUAUUUAUGGACAUUAAAAAUUAUGAAUAUAAUUCUAAAGAGAAUUCGGAAGAAUUAUACGAAGGAGAUGAUAAUUUAUUUAAUUCCUUAAAUAAAAUUCACAAAAAAAAUGAAAAUAUUCAAAAUGAAUCAAUAUGGACGGAAUCAAUAGAUUGUAAACUGGAGGUUAUCGGCGAAACUUCAUUAGUUUCAAAAUCACGUAACGUAAAAAGAAAUAGAACGGAUGACUCGUUAUUACUUCCUUCCAAAAAAUCUACAACAUUAAAAACUUAUCAAAAAUCUACGAAUUUAAAUAGAAAUUACAAAUGUGAAAAUUUUAAUAACAAGUGGAAAAAACAUUCGAAAUGUCACGUCACGGUUAACCUUUUAGAACCUCAAGAAAGGGGUAACAUGCUUCAAGAAUUAAAAUUUACAGACGGUUUAGUCUCCAUCACCACUGGAGCCAUCGGUUCGAUGAAGGAUUUAAAAUCACGUUUGGAAGACAAUAAGCGGUCGAUACAAGAAGAAGGAAAAGAAAAUAAGUUUUUAGCGUGGCAAACGCGUCUUCAACCCAGACUUCUUCAAGUGGAUGGCGGAGUCGAUUCUUCAAGUAGCGGAAGCGAAGCUGGAGAAUCUCCUCAAAGGAUGACCGAAGAAAGUGUUACUUCAAAACUCGUAGAUUCAUCUUCUCAAAUAUUAGAUCCUUUAUAUUCAAUAAAAAGUUCAAAUGUACCUGAAUUUCAAAAUUUUUCAACUUCGGAAAAUUCACAUCAUUCAAAUAAGUCUUCUGUUUCUUUUUCCAAAGGAAAUACCGAUUCGAAUUCAUUUAUUUUACCUCAAGUGGAUGGCGUAGAGGAUUGCAAUAGUGAUGUUAGUGAUUCUGAAAUUCAAAAUUGUAAAAAGUACAGUUUGAAAGAAAUUCAAAAUUUUAAUAAGGUAAUGGUGAGAAAGAGAGAUUUAAUAAAUGUUUUUGAUUUAAAUUAUAAAAUAGUUCAGUGCGACGGAGGAGUAGAUUCAGAAUGCGAAGAAGAAACUUUUAAAAAUUGCAAUUUAAGUGAUGGCUCUGUUUAUCCGCUUGUAGCUAAAGUUGAAGAAGAGCCUGUGAAAUGCGGAAAGUGCCGAUGUACUUAUCGCACUAAAAUAAGUUACCAAAGACAUUUGGAAUCUUGUACUAGUGAUUUUAUACUAUCAUCAAGCGAGGCAGAAAUGAGCGAUGAAGAAAGUCCUAAAAGACAUUUUAAUAAUAUUUCUUUAAAACAGAAAUCCGAUAACAUCAAUGCACUUGCGAUUCCAGCCAAAACAACAAACAAAGAACAUUCGAAAAAAAACAUUUCGUACAAUUCACAUUUAGCUAACGAUUCAUUACAAAUAUCUAGUCAUUUAAAUCCAAUUAAUUUUGAAAAACCCGAAGUCAAAAAAGAAAAAGUUAAAAAAACUUACACCAGAAGAAAGGUACCAACUGCAACGAAGAAAAACUCACCUGUAAACAAUAAACAACAAGUUCAACAGAUUUUACUUCAACAGCAAUCAGCUGCUGCUGCCCCUGCAUUGAUCGUUCAAGAUGUUACCGGCUCGAAUUUAAUGUCAACGGCUUACAUCGAUUCCACUCCUACUUUGGGAUACCUCGCAGGAAUCGAAUCUCAACAUUUUUUAAAUAAAACUCAAUUGAUUUCUACUCCCGGAGGAGUUAUAUCAGGAAAUUUUCAUGUGCCUUCUCCUUCUGAAUCUCAGGUUUUGGGAGGAUUAUGUUUGAAUACGCAAAACGUACAAAAUAAUUUUCCGGGUUUUAUUAUUCAACAGCAACCAAAUAUACAAGGUCCCGUGUUGUCUUCGCAAAAUAGUCCUGUUAUACUCUCCAAUGAACAACUCAUGGUCGGAUCAACUGAUUCUUACAACGUUUUUCAAGAUCCACGAACCGGAGGCAUGUUUUUAACGAGUCGCAACGCUCCAGUUUUUUACAACAUGGAAACCAUUGUCAGCAAUACCGUAAUGCAAACCAAUCAGUUUGUUUCGAACGUUUUGGGUACAACGUUUUCGCAAACUUCAACGCAAAUAUUUCAAGCAAGUGAAAUGGAGCAAAUAGUGAACGUGCCAUCGAAUUACAUUUUAGUUAAUUCCAAUCAUGCCGGUGCCAAUCGAUUGUUUCCCAGUAAUGAUUUACUAUGCGUUCAAACCCAGCCUACUUUUAUACAAAAUCAAACUCCCAUCCAAUUGGGAAGUUCGAAUCAAACGGUACAACCUAGUCAAAUAUUCAAUCCUUCCAUACCCACCGCACAAAUUCUAAAUUUUGAUCCGAAAACAUUACCUAUUCAAAAUAAUUCGUUUCGUUGCCUGCAACCCGUUUGUCCGCCAAUUAUUUUGGGAAAAGUUUCAAACGGUUUAAAUAAUAACGUAGUUAAUUCUACGGUGCCGCAGGUUUUGCAAAAAACUCCUGCCUCUACUCCAACAAUUGUAAAUCCUGUUGUCACAUCAAAAUCUGUCCCGACAAUCAAACCUCAACAAUUGAACGGAUUUUCCAGUUCACAAAUGACAAAACUCCCAGUGAAAAUUCCUGAAAAACCUGCUAUACCAUUAAAAUCCAAUCCCCAAUCGCAAAUACAAUCAAGAUCUCGAGCUUUGGUUGAUUACAUUAACAAUUUCAGAUCAGAAGCAAAUGAAACACUUUUGAAAAGUGCUCAAGUUCAGAAUAAGACUAAAAAUAAUAUUUGCGAUAAAUCCUCAUCGCAAUCGUACAAUUUGAAUUCCUCCAAUAAAUCAAUUAAUUUAAAUACUUGUAUUUCGACACAGCAGAAGGUUAUGCAAAAUCAAAAUAACUUUCAUAAAUCUUCAAGUCUUUCUACGGAAUUGGUAAAUCCUUCUUGCAAAACGGAAGUGAAGUCAACAAAUAAUUUGAAAAUACCGAAAAGUGCAUCGUCUGAAUUAUUAGUAACAAAAGCAGAAAUUCAAUCACCUGCAUCGUUGAAAUCCGAAAAAAUUAUUCUACCUGCAAAACCUUUAGCGGCGAAUGAGCCAAUACCUUCUGUGAAAAAUUUCAAAAUAAAAAAUGAAAAAAUUACAUCUUGUACGAAAACUGAAGAGAGCUGCCCGAGGCGUGAAUCUUCUUUAAUAUCGACUUCUGAAGAAACUGAAAAAUCGCCUUGUGCCGGAGUGAAAAUUUUUCAAAAUUUACCUCCAUCGAAUUUUGAAAUGCAAGAAAAGGAGGAUGGUUCGACUGUGCCAGAUUCGAAAAAUAUCGAAAUUUCGAUGCACGAAGAUUCAAGGCCCGUGAAAGACGAAUACCCGAAACAAGACAACAAUACCAAUCACGUUUUGCCUUUGCAAGAGAAUUGCCAAAAAAUCAACAUAAGUCCUAAAAAUAAUAAUGUAAAAUCUUCUCCCAAAGGUCAUUCGAAAGACGGUGAAAAUUUAUUUUUAAAACAAGAGGAAAAUUAUAAAAUAAAAAGGAAAAUAAAUUUUCUCGAUCAAAACUCGUUCGAUUCGAAAAGUCUUGGAAUAAAUGAUAAAUUUGAGUCACCACCGGAUAAGGACGCGUCUGAAGUCGUGGCCGACGAGAAUAUUUCCUUUUCGAAGAAAUCGAUCGAAGAAAAAGGUCCGAAAUUAAUAUUCGACGUCAUUUCCGACGACGGAUUCAAAAAAUCAUCGUCUUCGAUGGCGGAACUCUGGGCGAACAUUUGCGACUCGGUUCAAGAAAUGAGAGCCAUGUUAAAAAUCCCAUCGUUGCCUCUGACUAAAAAAGACUACGAAAUACUAGGAAUGCAAAAUCACGGUCUUCAACAUUGUCUCGAACAACUUAAAGGAGUUGAAAAUUGCGUCAAUUAUAAAUUCAAAUAUUUUACGAGGGAUGACUCGCGAAGAGAUUCAGAAGACGAAGUGAAAGAAAAUCCUUCGGGAUGUGCGAGAACGGAAAAAUUCACCAAUCGAAAAGAAUACGACAUGUUUGCCUGGUUGGCGUCGAAACAUAGAAAAUUACCCAAACUAACCGAGUCGGCCGAAGAAACUUUGUGUUCGAUCAGGAGAGCGAAUAACUUACCCAUGGCGAUGAAAUAUCGAAACCUGAAAGAAACGUCGAAACUUUACGUGGGGGUUUACAGGUCGCAAAUACACGGCCGCGGAUUGUUUUGCUUGAGAGAAAUCGAAGCUGGAGAAAUGGUCAUCGAGUACGCGGGAGAAGUGAUAAGAGCGAAUUUGAGUGAUAAGAGAGAAAAAUAUUACACGGAAAAAGGAAUCGGUUGUUACAUGUUUAGAAUCGACGAUCAUUUCGUCGUGGAUGCUACAAUGAAAGGAAACGCGGCGAGAUUUAUCAAUCAUUCUUGCGAGCCGAAUUGUUAUUCGCGGGUCGUCGAUAUUUUGGGUAAGAAACACAUCGUUAUAUUUGCACUGCGGAAGAUAAACAUCAUGGAGGAAUUAACGUACGAUUAUAAAUUUCCGUUCGAAGAUGAAAAAAUAUCCUGCCAUUGUUUGUCGAAGAAAUGUAAAAAAUAUUUAAAUUAA